AUGGGUGGAUACUUAUCAACGUUCACAAAGUUGAUUUGGGCAAAGAAGGAGAUUCGGAUACUGAUCCUGGGUCUUGACAAUGCCGGCAAAACCACGUUGUUGUACAGAUUGAAGAUUGGAGAAGUAGUCACAACGAUACCGACGAUUGGCUUCAACGUCGAAUCAGUAACAUACAAGAACCUUAAUUUCAACGUCUGGGAUCUAGGCGGCCAAACCUCGAUUCGCCCGUACUGGCGCUGCUACUAUGCCAAUACCGCUGCCGUAAUCUUCGUCAUCGACUCCACGGACAUCGAGCGUCUCACCACCGCAUCCGAAGAGCUACGCGCCAUGCUCAACGAAGAAGAACUACGCGACGCCGCCCUACUCGUAUUCGCGAACAAACAAGAUCAGCCGGGUGCGAAGGGCGCGGGGGAGAUCAGCGAGGCGCUAAAGUUGGGAGAGCUGAAGGAUCGGAAUUGGAGUAUUGUGGCGUGUAGUGCAGUGGACGGCCGGGGAGUGCAGGAGGGCAUGGACUGGCUAGUCUCGAACGUCGGAGAGGGACAAAACUAG